UAUCUCUUAAAUUUUGUUGAAUAGGCAAACAGUAUUAUGUUAGCAAUGGAAAUCCAUUAGUCGGAUAUGAUAUCGAAAAUGUACAAAACAACGAAUAUUCUUUUGCAACAGCUAUCGUUGAAUAUAAUAAUUUAAUACCACGAUCAGAUUGUAUUAUAUGUACUGGAGCACUUAUUUCCUUAUAUCAUGUUCUAACUAGUGCGCAUUGUAUCGAAGAUGUUCAAGAUAUUGUUUUUGGAGUUCUUGCUGAGUCAAAUUUCUUACAGCAUAAUAUUCUUCAUCAUCCGAAUUGGUGGAUAACUUACGACCAAUGGGCUACAGUAAUGAAUAUUGAUCUUCGAUAUCCACAAAAUGAUGUUGCUGUUAUAAAAUUAAUUCAAAGUGUUGGCAACAAUGUUAUUCCAGCGCCUAUUUCAAAUAUUCAAAAUUAUAAUGCAUUAUCGGGUGAAGAUAUUGUAUUGGUGGGAUGGGGCGAAUCAAAUGACGAAGAUAUACCAGACAUCUUACAAUCAGGAACUUUAAAAAUCAUAACUAACGAGGAAUGCAGCAAUCUGGCGUCUGAAUUACAAGGGUGGAGAAUUCGUAUUCCCACCCGAUAUAUAUGUACAAGAGCUGAUCCAUUAAUACGUCUUCUGGGUGGCGACUGCGGGGGUCCAAUUUUAUAUCAAGGAUCAAUUAUAGGCGUUAGUAAAGGAGUUUUUCCAACAGAUCAAGAACUUUGUGACGACGCUGUAAACUUUCACGUUGGCAUUCACUAUUACAUCGGCUUUAUUACUCAUUUACUCGCUUUGUAAUAUAGUACAGGAUAUAAUUUACUAACAUAAUAUCUAAUAACCUAAUAUAAUUAACUAAUAACCACGUAAU